AUGAUUCGUGUCGGAUUUUACAUAAAGUCUUAUGCAGAUCGUGUAGGGUAACCUGUCCUGAGAUAUUGGUUCAGUCUCGAGUCUCGAACAACGUUGUGAAAAGGCACGAAUUUAUGAAAUAUGUUGUAAGAGUUUCAACAAAUAAUCCAAGCCUGAAGGUUUAUUUUCAAAACUCAUUCAACUUACCCUUUCAAUAAAAAAGCAUGUCGUGGUUUAUGAAUAUAAUACAAUCGGCGGUCACCGCGUGGACUCCGCAAAUAAUGCCAGUGCGAUAUCGCUACUUUGCGGGCAAAGUGAAAAGGGGUCCUCUUCAACGGCGUUACGGUUACGUCGAUCCAGUAGAGAGGACAGGUCUUUUGCCUCGUAACAGCGACAAGAGAUUGCCUAUGCCAAUUUACAGACCGAAAAACCCUUGGAGGCAGGAUAAAGCAUUGUUCGGCCAAAACGAUUACAUAGACAUUUUAGGAAACGAUAAUCUUCAUCCAACGAAAAUCCUAUACAAUGUACCAUCCUGGCUGAGAGGCGUGUCGGGGAACGAAUAUCAAAUAUUAAUACGAAAAAAGAAAAUGUGGAAGAAGGGAAUACUUCCAAUAGCCUGCCCAACAAAAUGGAGGGACAUGCAGAAGAGAAUGAACUACCUGCAUAAGUACUUAAAUAGAAAAACUAAAACCUUUCCUAGUGGUCAGUAAUGUAUAUUUGAGUAAUAAAAUAUGAAAUAUAAUCGUACAUUGAAAUAA